UCAAAGCUUCAAAUUGUAAGCAAUCAAAAAAUAGCAAAUAAAGAAUCAUGAGAGACAAAGCAACCCUUUUGAUCAUGCUUCUUAUUCUUUGUCAUGGUGUGGCCAUGACAAAGGGGUUGUGGGAGAUAAAGAAUGAAGAUAGAGAAGAUCAUGGGCCUCAAAUGCCAGAGAAAUUGUUUUUGUUGCAAAACUCAAAGCGUGUGGUGAAGACUGAUGCAGGGGAGAUGAGAGUGUUGGAGAGUUAUGGUGGUAGAGUUUCUGAGAGACGCUUGCACAUUGGCUUCAUUAAUAUGGAACCAAGUUCUCUCUUUGUUCCUCAAUAUCUUGAUUCCACUCUCAUUGUAUUUGUCCGUUCAGGGGAAGCAAAGGUGGGAUUCAUAUAUGAGGAUGAACUAGCAGAAAGGGAACUAAAGAGGGGGGAUGUGUAUCAAAUUCCAGCUGGUUCUGCAUUCUAUUUAUUGAAUAUUGGAAAGGCUCAAAAGCUUCACAUUAUCUGCAGCAUCGAUCCUUCAGAGAGUUUGGGAAUAGGUAUUUUUCAGUCUUUCUAUAUUGGAGGAGGAGCUCCAGUAUCAGUACUUUCCGGUUUCGAGCCUCAAAUCCUAGAAACUGCUUUUAACGCAUCAGAAGCAGAGUUGAUUAAAUUCUUCACAAGACAACAUGAGGGUCCAAUUGUGCACAUAGGUGAUUCACAUGUCAGUGCCUCAAGCUUAUGGAACAAGUUUCUUCAACUAAAAGAGGAUGAAAAACUAAACCACUUGAAGAAACUGGUGCAAGAUCAAGAAGAAGAUGAGGAUGAUGAAGAAAAAGAAGAAGAAAAGCCACAACCAAGUUGGUCUUGGAGGAAGCUCUUGGAAUCAGUAUUUGGGGAUGAGAUGAAAAAGAACAAAAAGGACAAAGUUUCCCAUAAAUCUCCUCACUCAUGCAACCUCUACGACAGAAAACCAGAUUUCAAAAACACUUAUGGUUGGAGCGUUGCUCUAGACGGUUCCGAUUAUUCUCCACUCAAAACUUCUGGCAUUGGCAUUUAUCACGUCAAUCUCAAACCGGGAUCAAUGAUGACACCCCAUGUAAAUCCAAGGGCAACAGAGUAUGGCAUGGUGGUAAAAGGUUCAGGUAGAAUCCAAAUAGUAUUUCCAAAUGGAAGCAAUGCAAUGGACACACAUAUAAAAGAAGGGGAUGUUUUCUUUGUACCAAGAUACUUUGCAUUUUGCCAAAUAGCAUCAAAGAAUGAACCACUAGAUUUCUUUGGGUUUACCACUUCAUCAAGGAAGAACAAGCCACAAUUUUUGGUGGGUGCUACUUCACUCAUGAAGACUAUGAUGGGACCUGAGCUUGCUGCUGCUUUUGGAGUGAGUGAGGAUACAAUGAGACACAUUCUUAAUGCACAACAUGAGGCUGUCAUACUACCUACCCCAUGGACUGAAUCUAAACAAAAUUAUGGCAACAAAUUGGAUUUGGAGAGCCUUCCUACAACAAAGGUUGUCACAAAUGAUGAUAUGAUUAUCGGCUUUUAAUUAUUUUAUUAGAUUAGGUUAUUAGACGAACAUUUAGAUUUAGAGAGUCCUUUUGAGAAUAAGAUUAAAUGUUUUAAAAAAUCGAACUGAAGUUGAUAUUUCAAUUUAUUUAGACAAUCCUUUCGAAAAUAAGGUUAAAUGUUUUAAAAGUCGAAUUGAAGUUGAUGGUUCAAUUGAUUGAACCUUGUAUCGAUUUUUAUUACAAUUUGAUUAUUUUCAUGA